AACACACCCUAAAUAACUGUUACUGGUUGGAAAACGUUCCCGCGGAAAGUAUAUAUAUACCAAAAUUACAAAAUUAAUUAUCAAAUUAGUUCAAAGCAGCGAGAGGAUAUUAUGUUAGCCAAGGAGGCGGCGAGCUUCGGCCUCUCCGACGAGCUGCUCGAGGUUUUGCCGGCGGAUCCAUUCGCGCAGCUCGAUGUGGCUCGGAAGAUCACUUCUAUUGCUCUCUCUACACGCGUCGACGCUCUCGAGUCGGAGCUGUCGCUGUUCCACGACCAGCUCGCCGACAGAGACCACAUCAUUUCUGGAUUGGAGUCGCAGCUCGAGUCGCUCGAUGUUUCGCUCAAUGAAGCGUCCGAUAGGCUCGCCAUUGAAGAGCAGGAGAAGGAAAACUUGGUGAGGGAGAAUUCGCAGCUGAAGAAUACAGUGGAGAAGCUGAAUCGCGAUGUUGCUAAGGUUUUAAAUCUGCAGUUGGAAGCCUUCAGGAAGACACUCAUGCGAUCGCUCGAAGAUGAUGAAGAUAGCGUUGCAAAGGCAAAUGCAAAUUCUCCAUACAAGGCUGCUGCUCAACACCUGCAAAACGAUGAUGUUGCUAUUUCAACUAAUCUCAAUCCUUCGAUGCAAAACCAUGUUUCGGAUGCUGGAGAAGCCCCGAGAGAAGCGAGGCCUCCGCAAGUAUCUCACGGGCUUUUGAUGGCAUAUCAAACUCUCACCCCGCAGGCUUCGCCUCCUCGUACACCUUCAAGCUUGUCCACAUCUGUGUCGCCCUCUAUGACACCCCGACCGUUGUCUCCUAGGAGACACUCAAUUUCAAUCUCGGCUGCAAGAAGCUUUCCCGACAACAAGUCAUCGCUGUAUUCCUCCAUGCCUUCAAUGGCAGGUUCAGAGUCGGGAUUGCAGCCAGCAGGGAAAACCCGUGUCGACGGCAAGGAAUUCUUUCGUCAAGUCAGAACUCGUCUAUCCUACGAGCAAUUCGGCGCUUUCCUAGCAAAUGUGAAGGAACUUAAUUCUCUCAAGCAAACAAAAGAGGAGACCCUACGGAAGGCUGACGACAUAUUCGGCACCGAGAACCGAGAUCUUUACGCCAUUUUUGAAGGCUUAAUCUUGCGCAAUGUCCAGUGAGAGACAAAGUAUGUAUGCAUUAUUACACAUCUAUAGGCUCUUCUGGUGCAGUUUAGUGUAAACUAUUAUCUGUAUUUGGUCCUCAUCAGAUUGCGAAGUUUAUUUGACAAUCUAUUAAGCUUUGUACUAUGUUUCUAAGUCCAUUUCAUUAUUAUGAAUUUA